CACAACGCAAGCAGAUAGAAAGUAUUUCUUCUAUUCGGGUUCCGAAGAGCCGGCUUCAAAGGGAAUCUCCUCAACCUCCGACUUCUUCCUUUGCCUGAAAUACUUGGGAAUUUUCCUAACUCUGCCGAGGCUGAAAUCGGAAAGAAUUUCUUUGCUGGAAGACUUUGCUUUAUUUCGACCAGUUUCUGAUUUCUGCCACUUCCAUCUACUGACAUUUCUGCAGGUGAAGGACUCACUUUGCUUUUCGAAUUUCUGAAGGAACUCUUGGGUGAUCUAUAACUUUCUAUUUCAUUCUAUUUCCUGAUCUAUUUCACUCAUUGAGAGCAGUUGUUUUAUGUGCUGUAAACUUUCCUGUUUAUCUGAAAUCUGAUGCACAACUUAUUUUAUAUUGCAUAAAAAUGCUCUUAGCUUAUUGAUAUCAUUUAAAAGAAUUGCUAAACUUAAAUAGUGAGGUGACACUGAAAUAUCUUUGAUUGAGAUUUUAAUCAAGUUAUAGCAUUCAUUGUCACUUAUUGUUAAACUUUGAAUCUAACUAUGGCUAUAACUAUGGCUGCUAGUGGAAUGCUUGUUCCUACCCUGUCUAAUCCUGAGCAAACUGUGGCUCUUCAGAUAGGAACUUGUAGCCCAGCAGAAAUGUUGGACAGGGUCAGAAAGACACAGGUCUAUAUCCUAUCGGGGGUUUCUAGACAGGUUGAGAGUGAGCUGAAAGGUUUUAAAAGGUCGGUGAUGAGGUUAAAUGCCAACAUGACUGAUGAAGCCCCAGCAGUAGGCAUACGAAGAUGGAAGCGUUCCAUAAAGGCUUGUUUAAUGAGGUGCCAAGAUACCUUGGUGAAUUUAGAAAGGUGGGUCAAAAGAGAGAUGAAUUCCUGGAGAGAUGUGUUUUCUCGUUUUGAAAAAAUGGUCAGCAAAACAGACCAGGCUGUAUACAGGGCCAGUAAGAUAGAUGAAAAACCAAGAAGGUUUUUCCAAGGCUUUGGAUUUUUAGGUGAUAAAAAGAAAGAAGCAGAGUUAUCCCAAGACAUUGUAGAUCCAUAUGCUCCCAGCCCAAAAAAGGAAUGUGAACCACAUGAAUGGGUAGUCAUUUCUGUCGAUAUUCUCUCCCCUCCAGAGUUUGAUGCCAAUAUGUCAGAAGAUCCUAGGGAGUUCAUUGUCAACCUGGAGAAAUACUUCAAGCGUAGUGGCUGGGAUGAAAAAGUUUGGCUAUCCCAGGUUGACAAUCACUUGAAAGGAGCAGCUAAGAAGUGGUGGGAGUAUAGAAAGGAGACCAUAGACAGCUGGCAUGAUUUCAAAGUAGCCUUCUUGCAGUACUGUGAGAGGCUUUUGGUUAGAGAGGCCAUCAAACGGGACUUAGAUCUCCCCCAAAGACGCUGGGAGCCCUUUGAGCAGUUUGUAUGGAAGAAAAGGGCACUGUACCACAGGCUUUACGUAGACGCCAAUGAGGAAGAAAUGAUUCGCUACAUUAUUAGCACCCUGCACCCUGAGAUCAGGCGUUUCUUAAAACCCCCAUUUCCCAAGACUGUGGAGGAUUUAGUCCAGAUGGGGAAAGAAAUCCAGUUUGAAUUUGAGCAGUCAGAGAAACAAACCCUCAAGGCAGCUUACUCAGAUGAGCAAAUUAGUACCAAGCUGAAGGUGACAGUCACCAAGGACCCUUAUGAUAGCAACAGUGUUUGUACUGAGAAAAUGUAAUUCAGACAUAUAUGAUCCAUCAGGGAAACAUGGAGGAACCUUCUAAAAGUUGAAACUUUAUCAACUUUGAAAGAAUGAAUGGCUGGCAAGUGAGUAAUAUUUAAAAGGCCUGAACUGAGUUUAAACUUCAGAACUGUAACUGAAGUUAUAGGAGAAGGUAGAAAGAGCCAGAGAAGUUAGUAGCUUUAGGGAAAAAGUUACUUAUUCAGUUACUCUUAACCUAUGGCAAUAGCUAUUGUGAAGUUACAACAUCUUUUCUUAUUUAGAAACAUCAUUGUUGCCCAUCUCUUUUCCACCAUUUGGCAGAAAGAGAAAGAGCCAAUGAUAUGUCUUCUAGCUAACCAUCACUUACAGCUAAACAGAAUCCAUAAUUAAGCUAAUGCCAUUAGAACACCAUGUCUAUAUUUUUGACUUUUUGCUUCGACACAGCUAUCUAUGGAAAGCAAAAAUUGCAGUUUGUCACCAGAACCCAGUGUCAUUUGACUGUGGGAUAGAGCUAUAAACUAACUGACAACCCAAGUUGACCAUUGAAUUGGUUGGCUGUAAGUGACAGUUGGAAGGUGUGUUCCCUUAUAAGAGCAUUUUUAUGACAAAUCCUAUGUAUGGUGUAACAAACAAUGUAAUAAGUUUGAUAAUAAGCACUGAAGUUACUUUAUUUUUAUUGUAUAACAUAUACUGCAAUAUCUGCAAUGUACUAUAAAUAGCAAUUCCUAAACUAUUUGUGUAUGUGUAAAAGUUGUUACAAGCAAUAAUGCACAACUAUAACCUUAUAUCGUACAUGGCAAACCUAUGGCCUGCAAUAUUGUUGUUGUAAUACAACUUUAAGCAAAAGUAAAUUACAGCUCAAGGGCCAAAGGGGGUUGGAGACACCUGCCUUACAGAUCAAUGUUGUGAUAAACUUGUAACCUUGAAUCUCAAACAGUUCUUAUCAAUAUUGUAUAGAGAGUUUCACAUUCUUGCGUAUAUUUUAUAACAGCCAUUGGUUGAUACUGUACUGUGUGUAUUUUAAAAGUGUACAAAAUGUAUUUUGAUAAGAUCAACGUUAUUAUGAACUCUUAGGAACCAACAAAAAAUUGUGACUUAUUUUUGGAUUGUCUAGAACUUAUCUAAUUGAAUGAAUGUAGCAUUUUUUAAAAAAAGAAGUGAUAUUAAAGCACAGGAAAGUGAACAUGUUAUAGAUAGGAGGUACCACCAUACCAGCUCUUGGGUGGCCUCUCUGGAGACAUCUAGAACAAUAAGAGGCCUACAAGGCUGGAAUUGCUUCCACUUGGAAACUGAUGAACUGUUCUGUAACUUGGAUUUAAAGUCAAAAAGUGUUGGACUUUGCCAUAAUUUGGAAGCAAACAGAGACAAAUAAAUCUUACCAGGCAUCUUCUGUACCUACCAAGUAGAUAUGUAUGGCCUGCAAUCAAAGUUUUUGGCUAUGCCAACUGAUCAUACUGUAUAGGUUGCCCUGUAAUACAAAAGUAGGGCUUUGUGGAAUGUAGGAACAAUCCUCAACUCAGGAAUACCUAUGAUUCUAUUGAAAUAAUCGAGCAACAUACCUGCAGCUACAAAGACUUAAGGCUCAAUGAAAAGAGCAACAAAAUGGACAAAGUCCUGUCAAGGCACAACACCCUCUGGAGAGAACUAGACUGGCACCCUGCUUGAAAGGCAUCGAUAAUCAGCAUUCUGAAUCGAAUUCCAUGUUGGAAAGAUAUCGGGUCUGGGUAGUCAGGCUGCUACACAAGAGGCCUUCAUAAUACCACUAUCAGAGAUAAAGUACAUGGACCUUGGCAUCCAAAAAAGUCUACAAUGACCAACAGAGCUAUAUUGACUCCACUGUCCAGGUGUCUAAAAUUUGCAAUGAUGUAACAGAAAUGGCUUUUCUGGAGGAUCAGAAGAAAAAAUACAUAUAUUUGAACACUGACCAUGAAAUAUCCAAGCGUCCCAAGGGGUCUGUUCCAGACAUGAAUGACAGUUAAAGUUGCUCGGUCUCUCCAUAUCUCCAACAACGUACUCCAAACGUCUAAUAGAUGACAAGUGACUUUGUGAUGCUACAUUCCCUGCAGUUGACCUAAAAAAGCCAAUAUUAAGAAAAUGUACAUUUCUCUUCUUUGCAAGUACAUGAAAAUGUAUUAUGUACCAAGAUGGUCUAUUUCUCAAUUAGAAAAAAAACAUUGGGUAUCAGUAAUUGGUCUUGGCAACACAGCCAGGACUAUUUCAGUGCUUAUGGGUAAAAAACAGCUGAGGAGUGAUUUUGCCAUUGCUGCUGACCGAGACGGUAUUCAUAAUCGUUAGGAACUGUCUCUUUGUAUACGUUGCAUUUUAUUCCAAAGAAAAACGACAGCAUUAAAUAUUGAAUGAUGUAUUUAUAAAGGAACAAAGUAUUUGGUUAAUAAAAUAUGAAACACAUCCUC